AUGACGUCGCUAAAUGAUACGAAUCCGAUAGUUGACAGAAUCAUGGAUGAUGAUUUCGUUGAAACCUUAAUAUUCGCUAAUAGUGACGGCAUGCCAUUAUUUACAAAUACUACUUUAGUUCAAGCGACGCUACUUGGAACAAAAAUGAAUCACCUCGGGAGUAUCGUUCGAACAUGUAUUAAGGAAUUGGAUGUAUUUGACGAAGCCUUGAUAGUACGCGUGAGUACAAAAAAGGUUGAUAUUUUAAUGGCACCGCACCAAGAAUUCAAUAUUGUAAUCGGACUACGUAAAAACAUGCAAGUCAAGAAUCCAAAGAAUACUGGUCAAAAGUAA